AUGUCCAGUCCCCCGGAUGUCGUUCCGUUUUCGACACGUCGUGGCAGGUGGAGUCGGUUCAAUAAUCUGCCACCAAAGUUGAUCCGACAACUGAAGCGACAGCGGCUGGAACAAAGGCCGUUGGUUCCCAACCGUUUAAUGGCGGAUAACAGAACGGAUCAACAGGAACACACAGCGUCAUCUACAUCAUCUCCGGUGGAUAAAAGUGACAAUAAUCCGACGAAUUGGGAUCUGUUCUUGGAGUUCACAACCCCGGUCGUUCGAGCUCAACAUAUACCUAUGGAUUUAUGGAAGGCUUUUGAGGAAUGGAGUGCAUAUGGAGCUGGGAUUCCUCUUCUGUUGAAUGGGACUUGCCCUGUAACUCAAUACUAUGUCCCUUUCUUGUCUGCCAUUCAGCUCUAUAUAGACCCUUCAAGGCCUCCUAGCCAAAGGAAGCCUGGUGAGGAGAGCAAUACAGAGUCAUCUAGGGAGACAACGAGUCGCAAUGGUAGCAACAAUGCUGUCCAGGGGGCUCAAAGUCAUAUCGAGACCCGAGAUAGACCUUCUCAGGGUUCAUCGAUCAGUGAAACCAAUAUGCAAAACCCUCCUGGUCAGCUUGUUUUCGAGUACUUCGAGCAUGCUCUACCAUUUACUCGUGAGCCUUUGGCUUGCAAGAUUUCGGAUCUGGCAUCCCGAUUUCCAGCUUUGACGAGAUACAGGAGCUGCGAUCUAUUACCUUCGAGCUGGAUCUCCGAGGCAUGGUACCCUAUAUAUAGGAUACCAACGGGUCCAACUAUGAAAACCAUGGAUACCUGCUUUUUGACAUAUCACUGCCUUUCUACACAAUCACCAGGUACCGAAACGGAUUGCCUGCCUUUCCGAGGCUUUAAUAUCAGGGAGUUCAGUGAUGCUGAAAUGUCCUCAAAGCUACCUUUACCUACACUCGGAGUUGCUUUCUAUAAGUUCCAAGUUUCCCUUUGGGAUACGGCCAACAUUAACACAUCUCCGAAAGUCGAUUCCCUUUGGAAAGAGGCCGAUAACUGGCUUAGGUGUUUGCAAGUUUAUCAUCCAGAUUUCAUCUUCUUUUUGGACCACCGUAGAUGAAAGAAGCUAACACUUUAACUUGGAAGAA